AUGUGACAAUUUUCAUCUCGAAAGAAGAAGAAGAAAAAAUAAAAAUUUAGCGCCACGUCAUAUUACAGCUUUAGAUAAACACCUGCCUUCAACAAGAGAAGCUCACAUACAUCCAACCAGGCAUUUAUUACGAAUCUUUAGGAUGGAGAGCAAAUAUAAUCUGAAGAGUCCAGCUCAUGUCACGUCGGGAUGACCUGUAGGGAUGGGACGAUUACCGGUUUCACUAUAAACCACUAUAAAAUGUACUGACGUCUGACGUAUGUCCUGGGUAAAGGCAGGGCAUCGCCUUUCUAAAUCAUGGGUGCCAGGGAGGAAGGCAAAAGAGGCAAAACCCCGACCUCUGUGCUGUGAAGAGGUUGAUGAAAGAGGCAGCUGAACUCAGAGAUCCGACAGAACAUUAUCACGCCCAACCACUGGAGGAUAACCUGUUUGAGUGGCACUUCUCCGUCAGAGGACCUCCAGACUCGGACUUUGAUGGUGGAGUCUAUCACGGUCGGAUUGUACUGCCCCCUGAAUACCCCAUGAAGCCCCCCAGCAUCAUUCUGCUCACUCCCAACGGAAGAUUUGAAGUAGGGAAGAAGAUCUGUCUGAGUAUUUCUGGUCAUCAUCCGGAGACAUGGCAGCCUUCAUGGAGUAUUCGGACCGCAUUAAUAGCAAUCAUUGGAUUCAUGCCAACUAAAGGAGAAGGAGCGAUCGGAUCUCUGGAUUAUACCCCUGAGGAGAGGAGAGCUCUCGCUAAAAAGUCUCAGGAUUUUUGCUGUGAGUUUUGUGGCAGCUGCAUGCGCUCUGUUCUGCUAGUGCUCUCUCCUGAUAGUGACCCACGACCCGUUGACCCACAAGCACACAAACUUGCCCAGCAGAUCAACUUCAAGGCUGAGUCGAGCUCAUCAGCUGCAGAUAGUGGCAGUACAGCAUCAGCUGCUUCCAGUCAAACUGAUCAUUACAGUGAGAUCUCCACCAUAGAAGAGAGAGACACAGAAGACACGUCCUCAGCUGAACAGACUGAAUCUUUAUCCGUGACUCCUCAAAGCUCCAGUGAAGAUCCAUCUGUUUCUGCAGCACCAAGUCCACGUCAGCGGCGCUCACAGAACCAACAGAACCAGAGCCAGUCCCCCAGAUACCCCACCUUCACUGCAUCCCCUGCUGCUCAGCACCCUGCGCAUGGCACCAGUCACACAGGCUCGGCUGUGCUGAUAGUGCUCCUCACACUGGCACUCGCUGCACUCAUCUUCCGCAGAAUCUAUCUGGCCCACGAGUACAAGUUUGAUUAUGAGUUGUGAAACUUUAAGCCGGCUCAAACUUCCACUUUCAUUUUUACACCCUCUUUCUCAUGAGGCUGGAAGUCUGUUUGUCAUUCCUCAAUGGCUUCUCAGCCCUCUGUAUCUUCAUUAAAGAUGAAUAAAAUCUUCCUGGAUGUAAUAUGAGCAGACUUUAACAAAACAAGAAAGAGGUGAACCUCAUGAAACAUUUCAGCCCAAGGUCAAAAGAAGAAAUAUUAUUUUAAGUAAAUGAACCCUAUUUCUGAUGCAUUGUGACAUUAUUAUCAAAACAGUUUAGCACUUUCUCACCCAAAUUCUCAUUAAAUGUGAUAAAAUCUCAUUAUAUACAAAAAUUAUAUUAACUUUUUACGCCGUUUAAAUUUUUUCUAAUGUAUUUGUCCAGUUGACUACUGAAUGUUGUCAUGAAAAGAGGUGAUUGUCUUUUUUUAGCUUCAUUAUUAUUUAUAAUUAAAUUAAAAAAACUUGGCAUUUUAAACUUUAUUAUUUAAUUACACUUCAGUACAAAGCAAAUCUUUUGUACAGCAAAAUAUCCAGACACUUUCUAAUAACGAGAACAAGAUUUUUCCGCAUUUAGUGACAAUUUCUAAAUUGUCAUGACAAUAAUAUCACAAUACAAAAAACAUUGUAAUUGUCCAAAAAUAGGCUUCAAUUUUGUAUGCAAAAUCUUCUUUUAUUUGUUUUCUUAUGACUGACGUGUUUCAUGAAUUUUGCCAACAGAGGUUCUCCUUAGAUCCUGCAAUAUAUAUUGAAAGUUAAAGGAUUGUCCAAUAGUAUAUUGUAUGGAAGUACAGUAUAUAAGACUUCUGUUUUCUAAAUAAUUCAUGUUAAAAGUGUAGUUACAAUUACCAGUGUAAACAAUUUGCUUUUAGACUAAAAUAGGUUCCAAAGGCCGACUGCUUCUGAUGUUUUUUUUUUUUUUAAACAUAUACGUGUAUUUAAGAAUUAAGCUUUUACAUACUAUAAUAAUGUAAAUGAUAAGGAUGUAAUAUUUUGCUUUUAAAUGGUAAAAAGCUAAUUAAAAUUGAAAUAUGAACCUCUCUGUACAGUUGGUUUGCUCAUUUUCUGUUUUAUCAAACAGAAACAUCUUUGAAACCAGUUUUUAACCAUAUUGUUUUUAAUUUGUAUAUCAUGUAUAUGUAAACCCUGGAUUUAAAAAUGGCAAUGUAAUCAGCACAUUACUAGACGACCUUAUGUUUAUGUGUAUAUAAAAUGCAAUAAACCUGAUGUAUA